AUGGAACGCGAGCCUCAGCCUUCUGCUCGCCUCCUGCUUUCGGCGGACUUCAGGGCGUCCUCCGAACGAGCCUUCGACUUGGAGGCAGAAGUGGCAGCCCAGAGGCUGGAGAUUUCCCGCUUGCACGGGCGACUCCGCCGCUUGGAGGCGGAACUGCAACAAGGACGUUCCUGGCUGCCUUUUCUGUCAGAUAAGGUCUCCACUUUGGAGGAUAAGACACAGCAAUUGGCCGUCAGGUUUCGGUCUCUGAUUUCCAUCUUUAAGGACACGCUUGGUGAGACAGAAAUCGACUCUACGGCGGCGACAGCAGUCUCGGUCUCAGCCCGGGCGCUUUCUCCCACUUCGGAUAGGGAGAGGUCAGAGCCGAUCAGCAAGAUGCGCCGUCGCUGGCAACUCGCUUCGGCGAAAACGCAGCCAACGGCUUUGUUACCAAUGGAGGAUUCGCCUGGCUCCUCGGGGGCGGCUAGUUCAUGGCACUUGGUGGCCCCGAUUCUUGCUCCUCACUUUGACGUGGAGUCCGUUUCGGAUGGAGAGGAUUUCUUAGCUGCAAAUUUCUGUCCUGCAGAAGACACCGGUUCGCUUGCUCCUCCCGCCAGGAGCUUGCUUCUACCCACUCCCAAGCCCAAAGCCUGGCAGCGACCAACAGUGUGUCUUCGUUUCAACUCCCCUUUUCAGGUGGAUCAGCCGGAGCCCAAGCCUGUUGCCAAACCUACUGGUUCGUGCCCUCAGUUCAAGGCGCAGACACGGUGGGCCCCGCAGUCCCCUCAGCAGCGUGAACGGGUCUCUUGGAGCUCUGAGGCUACGCCCGCGCCGUCCUUUUCCAAAGCUCAGGCUUAUGCAAGGUACCCCAGUCAGAAUCUUUCAGAGCCACUGACAUCCACUUUGCAGUGCCCCACUCCAGCUCUUCUGCAGCCUCGUGUGGAGCCCCCAGGUGCUUUGGAUACCAAGGCAGUCGCUUUUCGAGCCCCGCGCCCCAAGGUCAAGGAGGCGGGUUUUUCACGCUCCAAGGAUCUUCAUGACGACCUAGCUCAGCGCAACAACCUGCUGUUUGAGCAACUUUGCGACCUGCAUUUUGAGAUCAGCCCAGUUUUGGGGCAGAUCGCUGCCAGCCGCUAUAGCGAAGUUCUCCGGGGCAAGCUCCUGGCCAAGGUUAGCGACAGUACCGCUUCACGUUACCUCAGGUCGGUGCAGAUAUUUUUCACCACUUUCGAGGAGCUUGGGGGCAACAUUCGGCAGGUGGACACAGGCCUCCUUCUGGAUACGUUUUUCGUAUUAUCCCGCUGCCCCGAGGAAGGACCACUUUCGAACUCACUUAACGUGAUGAAAGCCCUCAGGUGGUACAGGAAGCUUCUGGGUCUAUCACCCUUUCCCGACCUUUACAGUGCAGCCUUUUCUUCCCUGGUGCAGCCCGCUUCAGGUGAGAAACGUGAAAGCAUGCCACUGCCGCUUUCGUUCCAUGCCUUCUUGGAGCGCAAGGUCUUGGGCUCGGACACCCCCAAGGAUGAAGCACUAUGGGCAGGAAGCUUCCUCGCUUGUAUUGGCGGUAGCUUACGCUUUUCAGAUGCCCAGCAUAUCUCGUGGAGCUCGCUUUGCAUCAGCCACUUCACGUUGCGUGGGAUAUGCUACCGCACAAAGACAACCAAGAGGGGAGCCCCGUUCGCUUUCCUGGGUUUCGGGUUUUACUCUUCUUCGCGGGAAUUUGGCAUGAACUGGUUGAGCGCUUGGAUUCUGCUUCUGGACAGCACUUGGCAGGGGCUUCGUGCCAGCUUCGGCCGCCAGGUGACACCAGACUGUUUCUUCUUCACCAUGGGCACACAAGGCUUUAGCCCCGCUUCCUACGCCCAAACCCUGCUGCGCCUCCGCAACUUUCUGCAGGAGUCAGGUAUGCAGCCGGAGCAAGCUGCAAACUACACUUUGCAUAGCUUGAAGGUCACUAUGCUUUCGUGGAUGGCUCAGCUUGAUCUCCCGCUUCCUGCACGGUUUCAGCUGGAGCCAGAGAACGGCUACACCGUCUUGCUUUGUGCUGACCUCAGAUGCACAGUCAUUCCUGGCAUGGCAGGUUACCCCGAUUGGCGGCGCGAUGGCCCCACUGAGAGAACCGCAGCAGUAGAGCAGACCCCCUUUAGCGCGGAUUACAUCCACAAGCUCCUGAAGACACUCCCUGAGUCAGAGAAGGGGAAGUUCCUGGAAAUGCUUGCUGAGCAACCAGUUAUUGACCAGCAGCCAGCCUCUGGUCAGGCGGGAGCCAAGGCGUCAGCUUCGCAGCCCUCACCACCCGCUGCAACGCCACAGACGCCACCGGAGUUUUGCGACACGGUGGCCCAGGAAGCCUACAUGCCGCCAGCUUCGCAGGCAGCUCCGUCGGCCACGCCGAAACCUACAGCCCCGGCGCCUCAGCCUGGCCCCGCUGUAGCUGCGGCCAAGCCAGCCGGCACUGCUGGCCCAGCCGCUGCUGCUGCCAAACCUGCUGGCACAACGGCUCCCAAGACGGUGGCACAAAAGCAGCCGCCGCCGAAGCCCGCAGGGCCACCCGCUGCAGAUCCCGCUGCGACCGGUCCGCCUCAGGCUUAUUACGUUGACUCCCGCUUUUGCCUCAGCUCGAGCAACGCUUUUGUUCGACUGGGGCGGGUCAACUCCGCUAUUGUUAUCGCUAGCUUCAGGCACUCCCUUCUGCAGACAGGUUCCAUGGCGGCGGAAUUUUUCUCCCUCAUGAACGACUCGAGCAUCCCCGACAACAUCCGCGAAGCUCUGACCUCAUAUGACACCCCGCUUUUCGCGAGGUCAUGCAACGACCAGGAGGAGCUGGCAUCUCUUAUCAGCCACCUCAUGGACGCUUCAGAUACUUCUUCGGCCGGGGACCAGAUAUUGGCCAGGGCUUCAAUCCGACUGCUUUUUAGUCGAUGCAGGGAGAGCUGUGGCCUACCACCCCUUGAUGAUGCAAAGGGAAAUCAGCAACCGACCGCUACAACCUCACCCACAACAAACUCUCCUGCCCCCAACGCAAGCUCUUCGUGGCAGGAAUCUUGGCCCGCCAAGCUCAGCGCCGAGCGAACAGCUGAGCUGCGCAAACGCUUUGAGGAUGACUAUCCCACCGAGCUGUUGGAUAAUGACAGCUUCCCCAGCUCCCGCUUGCUGGCCCUCACCUCGAAGAUGGUAGCAGAUAAGGAAAUCCGCUGGCUGCCAUGGAAGUUCCGCUUGAGUGCCAAAGCACAAGACGACAACUUGCUGAUUCGCCCUAAGAAGCUACCCCGCCUUACAGAGCUUAGUGAUCUGCUUUUGGAUGAGGCACCUUCUCGGGAUAUUCAUGAUGGCCCAGCAUCUUUCAACCUCAUCAAUCAGCUGCUCACAUUGGCUACCAACAGUAUCGCACUUUGUCGGGGCGCCCACUUGGGCUCCCUCAAGCUGUACCAGAAGAAAUUUCUGAAGCUUUGUUUCACCAAGUACGAGUCAGCUUCCAACCUUCGAGGCCCCACUUCUUGGGAGGCUCAGGCGGCCGAUAAGCGAGCAUGGGAGCUUAUCGGCGAGCUCGUGAAUAUUCAUUCUUGGAAACUUGACGAUGCCCUUCACGAGGUGACACAGGUCAGAGCCGAUCUCAGUACACUUCUUGCGCCGCGAGCCCAGAUUCCUAAGCACCUCUUCCAGCUUAGGGAACCCUGGAGGAACCGCCAGGAAGGCAAAGGCAACCGAGCUCAUCUACGAGGCAAUGGCAAAGGGGGUCACAAGGGCAAAAACGACUCCUCCUCCCAUGCUGAGGACCCACCUUCGGAACGAUCCACUCGUGGAGGCAAAGGCAAGAAGGGCCCCACUUCCAGUGCAGGCAAGUGGCUUUCUUCGCUCUUCAUGGAGGGUAAGCAGCACACGCUUUGUAUGCGCUACCAGCAGGGCCAGUGCAAGGACCCCUCCACGUGCCGCUACCUUCACAGAUGCGCAGUACCCAAGCCAGACGGUACCGCAUGCGGCGGAAAGCAUCCAGCUUCCCAACAUGUCAGCACGCCGCACUAG